UUGGGAACUCAUAUAUUGUAAGCAACAAUAGCUGUAUUCUAUAUCCUUGCCCUCCCUAGUCAAUUAUACACCCACCAAUACCUCGUUCUCUCAAAAACAUACCACCAUCCAAUCCGUUUCGGAUCAUAUUAAGGCUUAGAAGAGCACAGCCAGUCUGUGAUUCAAGAAAUGUCUACACAACCACUUCUCCAAAGAACGGCCAAAAAAAGGAUUGCCCUCCCCGUCAGAGUAGAGCCCAAGGUAUUCUUCGCCAAUGAACGUACAUUUCUGUCAUGGCUUCAUUUUGCCGUCGUCCUUGGUGGUCUGGCGGUCGGCCUCUUAAAUUUUGGCGAUAAGGUGGGCAAGAUAUCCGCCGCAAUGUAUACCAUCAUCGCAAUGGGCGUCAUGCUCUACGCGCUGGUCAUCUAUCAAAUGCGUGCAAGGGCUAUAAGACUAAGGACUGGGGCUCCUUAUGAUGACCGCUUGGGUCCCACCAUUCUAUGUGUCGCUCUUCUCGCUGCAAUAGUGACCAACUUCAUCCUCAAAGCUGUUUACGAAUAAAUAAAUAUCUUCUUCUAUUACUGCGUGAUGCUCUCAAUUUUUUCCUUUGGCAAUGCAUGUGACACUAUUACUGGUAACUGGGACAUCUCCUUUAAGGGAAGUAAGUACCGGAUGGGAGUUGGGGGUCAGGAAGGGUUGUGGAGGGCUUUGAUUUGAAGAGGGGCUCUCACUUGGGGUAAUAUCAUUGAGAUCAUUUGGGAUCCGGCGUUUUUGGGAUGCGAGUAAUAACAGAAUUGAGGUCAAAAUGUCACGCAUUAAUUGGAAGAUGAGCAAGUACUACACCAACUGUAGAUGAAUUUGCAUGUAAUCGCAC